GAGAGAGAGGGAGAGAGAAGGAGAGUCAGGGACAGGCAGUGCUGUAAAGGAGAGCACAAAGAGAAGGAAAGUGGAGCAGGGGAGGGGAACAGGAGGCUGGUGGUGAAGGGAGAGGGAAAGACAAAAGAAGGAGAAAGGAGACAUAGCAGGGUGAACGGAGGGGACUGAGCAAAUGGCUACGGAGGAGACGGCGGGGGGAGCCAGGAAAGCCACCAAGAGCAAACUGUUUGAGUUCCUGGUCCAUGGUGUGCGUCCUGGCAUGCCGUCUGGAGCGAGGAUGCCCCACCAGGGAGCUCCUAUGGGCCCCCCCGGCCCACCGUACGGAGGGAGCCCUGCAGUGCGGCCCGGCCUGCCGUCCCCGGUGAUGGAGCCCAGUCGUAAGAGGCCUGCUCCCUCCCAGCAGGUCCAGCAGCAGCAACAGCAGCAGCAGGCCGUCCAGGGCCGUGCCAGAAAGAAGCCAGUCGGAUUCCCCGGAGCCAAUGAGAUGCCGGCGAGGCAGAUGGACAUGAGAGAGCCCCAAUCAGAUCCCACGCUCGGAUCCAAUGCUAAGAGAAGGAAAAUGGCAGACAAGAUUCUUCCGCAAAGGAUCCGUGAGCUGGUGCCGGAGUCUCAGGCUUACAUGGAUCUGCUGGCGUUUGAGCGCAAGCUGGACCAGACCAUCAUGCGCAAACGUGUGGACAUCCAGGAAGCACUGAAGAGACCAAUGAAGCAGCAGAAGCGUAAACUGAGGCUUUACAUAUCCAACACCUUCAACCCUGCAAGACCAGACGCUGAUGACUCAGACGGCAGCAUUGCAUCAUGGGAGCUGAGAGUAGAGGGGAAGUUGCUGGAUGACCCGGGGAAGCAGAAAAAGAAGUUCUCCUCGUUUUUCAAGAGCCUGGUGAUCGAGCUGGACAAGGACCUGUACGGUCCUGACAACCACCUGGUUGAGUGGCACCGCACGGGCACCACUCAGGAGACGGACGGCUUCCAGGUGAAAAGGCCGGGAGACGUGAGCGUGCGCUGCACUCUGCUACUGAUGCUGGACUACCAGCCUCCCCAGUUUAAGCUGGACCCUCGCCUGGCGCGCCUGCUUGGCAUUCACACUCAGACCCGCUCCUGCAUCAUCCAGGCCCUCUGGCAGUACGUCAAGACCAACAAGCUGCAGGACUCUCAUGACAAGGAGUACAUCAACUGUGACAAGUACUUCCAACAGAUCUUUGACUGCCCUCGGCUGAAGUUCUCUGAGAUCCCUCAGCGCCUCACCAACCUCCUCUUACCCCCCGACCCCAUCGUCAUCAACCAUGUGAUCAGCGUGGAUCCCAACGACCAGAAGAAGACGGCCUGCUACGACAUCGACGUGGAGGUGGAAGACCCCCUGAAGGGGCAGAUGAGCAGCUUCCUCCUCUCGACUGCCAACCAGCAGGAGAUCGCCACCCUGGACAACAAGAUCCAUGAGACCAUCGAGUCCAUCAACCAGCUGAAGAUCCAGAGGGACUUCAUGCUCAGUUUCUCCAGAGAUCCCAAGGGCUACAUCCAGGACUGGCUCAAAUCCCAGAGCCGGGACCUUAAGUUAAUGACAGACGUGGUGGGGAACCCUGAAGAGGAGAGGAGGGCGGCCUUUUACCACGAGCCCUGGUCCCAGGAGGCUGUCAGCCGCUAUUUCUACUGCAAGAUCCAGCAGAGGAGACAGGAGCUGGAACAGGCCUUAGCUGUCCGCAACACCUAAACCAAGGCCCUCCUGAAUCUCUCCUCCUGAUUUUCCGUGUGUUUGGAUGUGUGUGAGGCCGUCGCUGUAGUCUGGUGAAACUUUAAAGUCUCAGUCAUGAAAGAAAAAAGCUAUUUCUGAGGUUUUAAAAUUGAAGUGAAAUGAGGGGGAGAUUUUCUCCCGGCGGAAGCGAUGCGAACGUAUGGAAGCCCAGAUGCACAUAUUUGUCCCGUUUUGUGCAGCACUGUGAAGACAUCAUCAUAAACCGCGUGUGUUCAGCUGCACCCGCAAAGGUCAAGCCCCUCAAACCACAAGCAUCCAAGACAAAAAGCUCCCUACUCUCUGCUUCUGUAAAUACGUGACAAACACGACGAGACAAACUCUGACCGGCUGCGCACACACCGCCGUGUUUUUGGAUUCACAUCUCAAAACAAACCCGAUGUGACUCCUCGUUGCAGUCACGGCGCUCUCAAUGAGUCUUCGUAUUUUACGUUUCCCAAGGUUUCCUGUAACGGAUUUAUUGCUUGAUUGUAAGUGUGUUUUUGUUUGGCUCUCAUUCAGAGAGUGUUUCUGAAAGGUUGAUUUAUGACACCAGCAAAGUGGAGAUUACAAGUGUGACACAUUGGGUUGCAGGGAAUCAAUUCUAUCUAGAAACCUGAGGAUUUCAUUCAUUUUCAGGUUGGACUGAAUCAAAUGGGAAACAUCCAAUGUGUCUCACUUGAGUUUUAUUUGCCAGUAACUCUUACAACAGUAUUAAAUGAGUUAACCCAGCUGAAGUAUUACCACAGUGAGAAUAGUGUUUAAAUGAAGGAGUAUUGAUCAUAAUAAUAAUAAUAAUAAUAAGAGCCUUUUCUUCCCUAAUCAUGGCUAAAUGACAAAUAUGCCUCUACAUGUUGGGACUGAUUUGUUUUGUCAGAGUCACUGCCUCUUCCUUGUGUAUUUUGCCAGUAAAUGUAAAGGUAUUACCAAAGGUUGCAACGAGAAGAAGAGAACAUGAUCACUGAAACAGAAAUGGGCAGCGAUCCUCACCUGGGUUUAACAGAAAUUGCAAAACAUUUCCUUCUAGGGUGGUCAUAAAAAUCUGAACAAUCUGGAUAGUUUCAGAGAGGAUUUAGUCCCAAAUGUUUUGAUUUUGUAGCCAAUUAGGCCUCAGGUCUUUGUAAACAAACCCCUAAAACUGUUAUUGUAAUGAACACUUAAACCCAGGUCUGGAGGAUUUUGUCCAUUCCUACACUUUUUUAUGUUACAUGAAGAAGAAAAACACUUUUCUUUUUUAGAGAUGUGAAUGUAAAUAUGUGUUUCCCCCUUAAAAGGGCCAACUGUACAGUAUACCACAGACUGUUUGUGUGUUUGUUUUGAAUUUGGGGAGGGGGAGGGGGGCUGAGUUACAUGGUGCAUUAUGGGAGAUCCAUGCUAUUUGAAUUAGUAGGGCAGGAAUGCUAGUGUUCCUCUGUGUAUUAUCUUGGGUUGGGGUGAUUUAUUUUGGGUAUAUCGUGGGAGCUAGAAGCUGCAACAAAGAAAGACCUCCCUCAAUCUCAGUAGCUGUAACACGAUAUAAUCUGCACCGGUCUCCUUUUACACUUUUUUUAACGACACUCGACUUGUAUGUAUAUGUUGUAUUGUCAGAUGGAGGAUUUUGUUUCUCUCUCUCAGCAGUCAGUUUCUAGCUGGAGCCUUUUCUGGGUUCCUUUGCACUGUGCUGUGUCUCUUUUAUCGGGACUCUUCUCGUCAUGGGUGAGACCCUCUUUAUAAUCCCAGCGUACACAAAAAGUGAUCGGAGGAUUUCACGAUGACCUAUGCAUGCUCCAUGGACAUUAAUUAACACAUCUGAUGAGAUAGUAUUUGUACAUAUUUGAGAAAAAAAAAAAAAGAUGGCAGUCUGUGUGACAAAAGACUUAAGUUGAAAUGCCUUCUGGAAACUUUUUUGCCAAAAAUGAUAUGCCCUACCAGCAACUAACUGUAGGUGUGAUUUUCUGAGCUGUGUUUUUGUUACUAGGACUAAGUUAUAUUAACUGCACUCGCAUUAGAAGAGAAACAGUAGUCAUUUGUAGUAUUUUAGUCCUGACCAGGGGUGAUUUGUCUCUGUAUGGCCAGGGCAUUCACAUGGUUGUCACACUGAUUCACUUGCACCCUCUUGUGGAGGAAACUAGAAGCUGCGACUCCGGGGUGACCUCUGCUUGGAGCGGCACAGUAUUAGAAUAUCCUGACAAAAAUGUCUACACGACUACUGUGUCCUCUGUCACUAAACCCUGACCUACUGUGGACAUGUUUGUCCCACUCCCCCUGCAUGUGUUUGUGAGAGUGGGAGCCGCUCAUUCUCUCUGUUUACACUGUUCUCAGAGCGCCACCAACAGGGAGGGAAUAGUAUACAUUGCACUGUAUAUCUGUGAAGAGCAAAACUUGUUUGGUGAUUCUACACACAACACAAAAAACGAAGAAGAAAAAAAGGGAAAGCAGCUGUGACAUUGCAAGACAGCCUGGAUGUAAAUAAAGAAGCGCUUGCCAAAGUUUGUAAAUGCCA